UUGACAAAUCCCAAUUACUAAUUUUCUCGACCCACACACAUCCAAUGGCGAUGCCAGCAGCAACAGCUUCUGCAAAAUCACUUAUCAAGAAGCUGCUCUUCCAUUCCCCAUCGGCACCGCCGCCGACUAUCUCCCCUCUUCGAUUCUCCUCCGCCUCCACCAUAACCAAAGCAACAUACGGUAGUAUCACAAGCAAAAGCAGAAGCAGAAGCGAGCCGACUAAAAAGCAGAAGCAGAAAGCAGAUCAGUUGUUGAAGAGGCGAACGCGGUCGGAGAGAGAGAUCGACGAGGAUGACUUCUCGAAGCUUUACGGAAAUGACAAUUCUGCCCAUGUACCCGUCAUGCUCGGCGAAGUUCUCGACGUAUUCGCUUCGAUUUCUCUCAAAUCGUUCGUCGAUUGUACUCUGGGCGCCGCCGGCCACUCCGUUGCGAUGAUUAAAGCCCAUCCAGAAAUGGAAUUUUACGUCGGGCUCGAUGUUGAUCCUGUUGCCCAUCAAAUAGCUCAAGCUCAAAUAAACAAUACCUUGCAAAUAGACUCCGACCACUCUACAAAAAAAUUACGAGUACAUACGCACUUGAAGAACUUCAAGAAUAUUCAAGACGUGCUUCGUGAAAUUGAUGAGGAUAUAUUGAAUACUGGAGUUCACGGAAUUUUAAUGGAUUUGGGUAUGUCAUCCAUGCAGGUAAACAAUGCUGAAAGAGGGUUUAGUGUUCUCUGUGACGGACCUCUCGAUAUGCGGAUGAAUCCCCAGGCCAAUUUGAAGGCAGAGGACAUUCUAAAUUUUUGGCCAGAUACCGAAGUGGGGAGAAUUUUACGAGAUUACGGUGAAGAAAGCAAUUGGUUUUCUCUCCAAAAGAAAAUUGUCAAUGCCCGUUUAACCGGUGGAUUGCAUUCUACGCGCGAACUAGUUGACCUUAUUCGGAGGUCAACUUCUUGGACAAGAGGAGGGAGGCAAGGUUGGAUCAAGACUGCCACACGGGUUUUUCAAGGUCUUCGAAUAGCUGUGAAUGACGAACUGAACACAUUGAAAGAUUCGAUCCAUUCUAGUUUUGAUUCUCUCUCUUCUGGUGGGAGAUUAGCUGUUAUAUCAUUCCAUAGCUUGGAAGAUAGAAUUGUGAAGCAGACGUUUUUGGACAUUGUAAACUGCGGUGAUGGUGAAGGCGGCGAGGGGCGUUUGAGUAAUUCUACGAAAUUCGAUUCGUACAAGGAGAAAGAAAUUUGGAUAAAGCAAAUGGUGCAAGGGUCGAAUGCGGUUGUACUGACAAAGAGGCCCGUGACACCGUCGGAAUCUGAGGAGAGAUUGAAUCCGAGGAGUCGAAGUGCUAAACUUAGGGUAAUUGAGAAAAUUUGAGGCUGAUUUUUUGUGUUUCAUCUUGUGUUUUAAUGUGACUAAUACACAAUUGUUUGACAAUUUUUGAAAUGUCAUUUGUUCUAGAAGUAAGAUAAUUUCUGGGAAAAUUAUGGCCGCCCUGAAGUAAGGUCAAAUUAAAAAAAAAAACAUUUAUUGUUUGAAUAAUUACAUGUUCCUCAAA